AUGGAAUUAUUAAAAGAAGUAUCUGAUUUUUUAAAUAUAAAUACGCGAUUAGAUUUAAAAGCUGUUGCAUUGCAAAAUGUACUAAAUAUCACCGGUAGUAAAGAGGGUAUCGAGCUCUUAUUAGGUUGUUUAGAUAUAUUAAAACAACUUGUCAUACUUAUGCAAGAUGAAUCAACUGCCAUAGCAAAAGAUGCAGCAUUGUCAGCAAUAAACAUAAGCGCAGAUGAAGCCGGAGCUACUGCUUUUUUAACAAUUUCCGAAUCUUUACAGGAAGAUAAAGAAGAGAAAUAUAGUCAUAACUUGAUACACGUUUGUAUGAGUUCUAUAAUGGACAAAAAUAGCUUAUUAGCAGACCCAUGUUGUAUGAUACUUUCCAAUGUGACAAGACCAAAGUAUUUAGUAGACAGAGUUAUAACACUCAUUGAAAAAACUAAUUAUUCGUGGGAUUCUGUUAUGGCAGCAUUUACCGCUAAGAAAUACAACCUUAAAGGAUCUAAUUUACAUUAUUUAGGACCUGUAUUUAGUAAUCUUACCCAAUCUCCCUCUGUCAGAAAAUACGUAAUGGAUAAGACAUCCUAUGUUAUCCAGCGUCUUCUUCCUUUCACAGAAUACCCAGAUAGCAUAAUAAGGAGAGGCGGCAUUAUUGGAACUUUGAAGAAUUGUUGCUUUGAUGUUGAACAUCAUGAGUGGUUGUUAAGCAAAGACGUUAAUAUUUUGUGUUACUUAUUAUUACCUCUUGCUGGACCAGAAGAAUUCGAUGAAGAUGAAAACGAUAAAUUACCGCUUCAUCUGCAAUACUUACCUAAUACAAAAAAACGAGAAUCGGAUCCAGAUAUUAGGAUAAUGUUAUUAGAAGCUUUAGGACAAUUAUGUGCCACGAAAAAAGGAAGAGAAAUUUUGAGAGAUAACAACACUUACGUUAUUUUAAGAGAAUUACACAAAUCAGAAAAAUCCAAAGAAGUCCUCCUCGCGUGCGAAAACGUUGUCGACAUUUUAAUCCGAACUGAAGAAGAGAUCGGUUUGGAUAAUAUUAAAGAUGUAGAUGUUCCAGUGGAAUACAAGGAAAAGUUUGAAAAAAUGGAUGAAGAAUUUAUUAAUAGUACUUAAGGAAUACUAGUAUUACAAGAUGUGCGACAUCUUGUUAAAUACUUUCAUUUUAUAUAUAUAGCAUAAGUUAUAUUUAUAUUGUGUAAAUAUAUAUAUUACUUUUGCUCGACAAUAAAAUAAUGCGCAGAUGUAUUUAAGAAAUAUAUUCGCGAA